AUGGCUUCAACAAUAACAAGAUUCUUUCAAAAGAAUAUUUUUUCAUUCAUACUAGUUUCUUAUACUAUUAUUAUGGCAGGAAUAUUCUAUGAUAUUAUUAUUGAACCUCCUGGAACAGGAAGUGUUAUAGAUAAACAUGGAAAUAUUCGACCUGAAACCAUCAUGAAAGGAAGACACAAUGGACAGUAUAUCGUUGAAGGAAUCUGUGCAUCUAUAUUUUUUGUUAUGAUUGCUGGUGGAAUGAUUAUAGUUGAUAAGUCAAUAUCAAUGACAGAGAAUGACAGGAGAAAACCUUUAUUUGCUGUUAGUGGUGUAAUUGCCACAUGCUUUGGAUUGUUAAUGAUUUAUUUCUUUGCAAAAACAAAAUUCGGCUUUUAA